UGUAGCAGUUUUACAAAGGGCAUUUUCAGUUGUAGCCAUAACAUGUGAUCGGCAUUUUGUAAUUUCUAGACCGCUGAAACAGAGAAUGACCAAGAAAACAGCCAGAUUACUAGUGCUUCUUCUCUGGAUACUUGCAUUUAUUAUUGCGUUGCCCUCAGCCUGGUACUCUCAAGUCAUAUAUCUACAGUAUACGCCAGGAUCACAUGGGCUCUGCAUUGAAUUAUGGGACGAUCAGCAACUUCAACACAUCUACAGCGUUAUACUACUACUGCUUCAGUAUUUCAUGCCUUUACUAAUAAUGAUAUGUGUAUACAUUCACAUAGGAUACAUAAUUUGGAUAAAACCAACUCCUGGUGAGGCAGAUAAAGUAAGAGAUAAGAGAAUUGCUUUAUCUAAAAGAAAAAGUUUGAAAAUGUUAUUCAUCUUAGUGUCUGUCUACGCUCUCACAUGGCUUCCAAUCCAUAUUAUGACUAUUAUUGGCGAUCUGAAUCAAACUUUAUAUGAUCACAGGUUUGCUCAUAUGAUAUGGCUGUUUUUUCAUUGGCUGGCAUUCAGCAAUACUGGUAUCAAUCCACUGAUUUAUUGUUGGAUCAACAAGACAUUUAGGAGUCAGUUAAAACGAGUAUGGUGUUUUUCUGUAUGUCGUCGUUUAAAAGCAAGAAAGGAACGUCGUAAAUCUAUUGAAAAAUCUCUAAAAAGAAGGAGAAGAAAAGCAAGUAAACAGAACAUGCAGAAGUUAAAGGAAACAAGUAUUGCUUAG